ACGACAUGCAGGAGGGGCGAGAAACUGCUUGCGGGGAUCUGAAGUGGAGCGCCGCGCACGUGGAGGACGGUGAUAAUAAACCGCAACCCCGCCAUAAUUUCAGCUAUUCUAUUGAAUACCUUCUCAAGAAAGAUCCUCUUCCAAAAGCAGAAGCGAAAGUUCCGAAUCUCGAUUCUAAUCCAUGGAUAGAGCCUGCCUACUUGAGUGGACCUACAUGGACAGCAGAGAUCGAGCCUCUUUCUACCCAGACCACCUUCCUCACGUUCGUGCCGCAGAGGUUCGGAUUCCAGUUUCCGAGUGAUGGUGAUACUCUAACUACGGUUCCUCUCCCUCCACAAAUUUUCCACUCCCCUUCUACGGAACCUGUGGAUAGCAGGACAGAACAGAGGAAACUUCAAGCGGCUCGUUGCCUUUGCGGACUGCGAUGUCAAGGGGGACAAUGGACGUUCAAUGCUUCACACAUCUCUCAAGCGUUAAGAAAACCUCCGCCGUGUAUACCUUGUUCAAGCCCUCUAGCCAGACAUUGUUCGGUGAAGAACUCGACGAACUCGAGCAUUCCGGAGAAGAGUUUUGUUUGUAAACAAUGCGGAAAAGGUUUCAAGAGGUCUUCUACACUAUCUACACAUUUACUCAUACAUUCCGAUAUAAGGCCCUAUCCAUGCCAAUUCUGCGGAAAGAGAUUUCAUCAGAAGUCAGACAUGAAAAAGCACACCUUUAUACAUACAGGUGAAAAACCGCACAAAUGUCUUGUCUGCGGCAAAGCUUUCAGCCAGUCUUCCAAUCUGAUCACUCACACCAGAAAGCAUACUGGUUUCAAGCCUUUUGCCUGCUUCACGUGUGGACGAGCUUUUCAACGCAAAGUGGAUCUUCGAAGACAUAGGGAUACACAACACAUGCCUCACGAAUUAGUGGCUCCUCUGCACCUUUUGAACGAACCUUGGUACAGAAGACUGGGCUUCGGUCCUUGCCCAAUCCCACUCCAUUUUCAGUACUAGAUUCCCAUUCUACCUUCUUACGAAGGUGUUAAUAUACCGGUGUACCAACUUUCAAAAAGCAAAGUUUCCUUUUUUGUACUCUGUCAUGCGCUCGAAAGGAAUGAAAUUAACAUUUUAAUUAACUUGAAUGCUUCCUUUGCUGUUACCUCUUCUUAUAUGACGAACAUCUUUGAAAUGAAAAAAGGUUAAGCAAACUUGAAAUUUGCCAGACUGAGCUUGCAUUAGAAAAGCAAACAUAAGACUGAACAUGGACUCAAAUGUAUCAUUAAUUAUCACUCGCAU